AUGUCCACCUUCCUCGAAUCAACCGAAGCCUUGAAGACACGAUGUUUGGAGGUACAUUUGACUGAGGCUGAAAUUCAGGCUCUCAUCGACAACAACCUCACCAGUCUAGCGCGGUUGGCCUUUGUCUUGGGCCCGCCAGGAACCACAGCGACUGAUGACCAGAUUCGUGGCCUCUUUGGGGACAGCGUGACUCCAAACAUCGGAACCAUCGCUUCAACCAAACGACUCAUUUUUGAAGCGCAAACCAUGGUCGUUGGGGAGCUCAAGAACAAGAUCCAGAAGAAAGAAGAAAUACUCCCGACGACCAUGGCAGUUGCCGAGCGCGACACCCGAAUUACAGCUCAGAGAAAAAGGUUGGGCGGCCUCCUUUUCAAAGGGGCGGAAGAAAACGCCCACGCAUCGUAUGACCUUGUGUUGCAGAUGCUUGAAAAGGAUGCGCUCCUGUAUGCUUUUCGCUGCCGUGCUCUGGCCUUUGACCUGGUGGGCGCAUGUGAAUACAAUGUCAUGAACCAGUACCAGUCCGAGCUGGUCCAACACCUCCAAGAGUCAGCCCCGCCGGGGUACAACGAAGUCACAGUACAACAGGUGCUGAGGGCCGAUCGCGCAGCGUUUUUGCUGUUGGCCGAGCGCCUGACCACCCUGAAGCCGAAGCCUGACGGGACUAAGCCGCUUGAAGAAGCCUUGCCCACAGUUCUGUCGCAUCCCAGUGUGAGCUUCCAUUUGCUUCCACUGGCCAAGCAGCCCGAUCGUCCUCCAAAGGACAGCAAGUGGCUGAAGCGUUCCCAGACCAGCCUUGCCACGCAAGAGAGCCCCAACAAGUUUUUGAAGGUGAAAGGCCUGCACGUCUGUGCUGAGCCCGGAUGCGGCAAAGCGCAUAGCAGGUUCAACCCGCCGGUGCUACGCACCGAUCAGCACCCCGACGGCCUGCCUACCCUCACGGGUAUUGACGCAGACCGAGUUCGCCAAGCCAAUCUUUUGUAUCGUGUCACCUGUCAGCUUGCCACCUUUUGUGAUCACGACCAUGAGCCGUGGGGCCAAUGCGCCAUGGCCCCCAAUGGAUGGGCAACUUCCCACGAGACCGCCUAUCCUUGGGCCUUGUGUCGGUCGCUGGCCUUUGCGUUAAGUGACUGGCUGCAGCAACAAGGUUUGAUUUUCCCGCCUUUGUGUUUCGCACAGCAAGAAGCCAGUUUGCAAACUUUGAGAGCAGCCACUGGCACACAAUCCCGCAAGCCCCUGCCACCUCUGGUGCCUGAGUUCGCAGCCAUCCUGCGUCACCCUGCUGACGCCCCGCUCCCUCCACUUUCCAGGAAGCUUUCCACUCCCAGACCGGGGCAUUUCGCGAGUGAAGAAAUCAGGAAAGGGGAGGCAGAACAAGUCACAGAAACCAAAGAGCACAUAACGAUUGGUAUUCAUUGGGCGCCAGAGGAAUUCGUAGCAGAAGCGAUUAGAGUGGGCCACCCAGCUUUGCUAGCUUCGAAUUUUCCGGUAGAGAUGAUUGAAGCCAACAAUUUUUGUGCCUCGAGGACUGACUAUGAAGUGGCCAAGCACCGCACAGAAGUUGUGAAAAGAUGGUUGAGCUUAGCCAAUGAUUUCAGCCAAGCCGAAGCAAAGAAUAAAGACUCCUUGUCAACGCGUAGAAGACAAGUUUUGGAGAAGAAGAGGCUGCAUCUUUUUGACCAGUUGAUCCGUGAGGCAGGACACUCCGACACCACGCUAGCAGAAUGCAUUCGCCAUGGUUUCGACCUGACAGGAAAGCUGCCUAGGUCACAUCUGGAACACAAUAAGGACUGCGCAGCGGUGGCAAAGACGUGGGACCUCCGCGACGCGUACAAACAAGUCCCUCUCUCUGACGUUGCCUUCGAGCUAGAUUCGUAUAUAGUUGUCUUCAACCCGAAGUCCCAGCUAGCUGAAAUCUACAAGCAGCGUGUUCUGCCCUUCGGAUCCGUCGCGUCCGUGACCGCGUUCUUGCGGUGCUCAUCCGCCGUCUGGAUGAUAGGGGCGAAGUUGUUGAAACUUGUCUGGAGCGCUUACUUCGACGACUUCUUGUCCCUGACCACGCCUGCGCUCUCCAGACAUACCGACAUUUGCAUCUCUGUGAUGUUUCAAUUACUGGGAUGGGAGACGUCAGUCGAGAAACUUGUACCCUUCAACACUUGUUGCAAGGUACUGGGAGUGCAGUUGGAUCUUGGACAAAGUGUCUUCGGAAAAGCUUUAGUGUCCAACACGAAAGACCGAAGUGCCGAGCUCACAGACGAGAUCGAUAGCAUCUUGGCUUGUGGACGCCUGAAGCGUCACGACGGUGAAAGGCUCCGAGGGCGCCUGCAGUUCGCGAGUGGACAGCUGUUCGGGAGAAAAUUCAGACUCCUCCGUUCAGUCUUGAAUAGGCAUGUCUCAAGGGGCUGGACACAGAUCAGUGACGAUCUAAGACAAGCCCUCGUGAGCAUUCGUUCGCGGUUGGUCUCUGGGUUGUCAAGGGUCAUCGACAGCCGUUACAGCGACUUUGUGCACAUUUACGUAGACGCAUCCUUCUGCCCAGGCGGAUAUAGUGGUGUUGGUGGUGUGCUGUAUGACAGCUCAGGGGAUGCGCAGAAUUUCUUCAGCUUCAGGGUGCCGGAUGAGUGGCUUGCCUCCAUGAGCAGCGAGGGAGCCAAAGUGGUCAUUCAAGAGCUUGAAGGCUUUGCUGCCUUGUUGGCCUUGAGAGAAUGGUUGCCGUCGUCCUAA